UUCUUCACCAAUCCUGUCAAAGAGGAUUUGGACUUCUUUUGAAAACUCAAACCCUAAAUCUCCGAAAGGGGACCAAGCAGUGACGAGGUACGAGAUUGAUCUCUCUCUCUCUCUCUCUCUCUCUCUGUAGGGGUUUCAAAGUGGAAUGGCAUCGGCGCUUCAGUUGCCGGUUGAUGACUCGGUUCUUUUUCAAGUCUCUCACGCCAACAUCAAGUCUUUCUCCACCGAACUCCGCUUAUCCCUUCAGACGACUAUCGAGUCUGUGAAAGAGAAACUUUGGAGGAAAUGCGGCACUUCUGUUGCCUCCAUGCUCCUCCAACUCUUUGAUGACUCUGGUUCCAAGAUCUGUGACCUCACUGAUGAUUCCCGACCUCUUGGCUUCUUCUCCCCUCAUGAUGGGUAUCGGUUGCAUAUCGUGGAUCUUGAUCCCUCAUCACUAACUUCUGGUGGAUGGCUGGAGGACACUUCUCUUGUUGAGAAGUACACCAUCUCUGAGGAGGCAUAUGACAAGCUUGACAAUAACUUUAGGAAAUUCAAGGAGAAGAUGGCUUCUCAACAUGCAACUGGAAAUCAAAAUAAACUUUCAGACAACUACAUGGAAGACUUAUGUGCUAAUAUCAAGGUUGGAGAUAGAUGUCAAAUUGAACCUGGGGAGAAAAGGGGAGUUGUAAAGUUUGUUGGCAAAGCUGAGACUGCAGGACAUGGAUACUGGGUGGGAAUUCAAUAUGAUGAGCCUCUAGGGAAACAUGAUGGGACUGUGAAAGGAAAACGCUAUUUUGAUUGUCCUCCACAACAUGGUGCUUUACUUAGGCCAGACAAAGUAAAGGUCGGCAACUUCCCUGAGAGAGAUCCAUUCGACGAGGAGGAAAUAUGAAGCAUCAUGGUGUACACAAAGCAUUUUUCUUGCACUACAAACAUGCUACUAAAAUUUUCAUGUGUCCUAUUUUUUUCCAGCUCCUUCCUUCACUGAUUUCUCAUAACUGCCUGGAUUAAUUCCUCAUGUUGUCCAUUUAUAUGAUGUUCACUGGAAGUCAACAAUCUCAUGCUGUGUAUUUAUAUUUCCUUUAAUUUCAUAUUAAUGGCCUCUGAUGAGUUUUCUUGAAUUCAA